AUGGCCACCUCAGCACCAUCCCAAGAUGAUCCCUCACAGCCGCCCGCACCGCCAGCGGACAACGAGCCUGUUUACGGCGGCUUCACGCGCUUCGAAAUUGAGCUCGAGUUUGUCCAAGCCCUCGCGAAUCCGUUCUAUCUAAACCAUCUUGCGACGCAAAAGCUCCUCAACCGUCCCGAAUUCGUCGCCUACCUGGCCUACCUGCAGUACUGGACCCGCCCGCCCUACCUCAAGUACCUAAUGUACCCCGGCCCGACGCUCAAGCACCUGGAGUUGCUGCAGCAGGAGCAGUUCAGACAGGACAUCAUCAGUCCCGACCUUGUGCAAAGACUGGUUGACGAUGGGAUGAGGGCAGCGGUGGAGUGGCACCGGAACGAUGUAUGA